AUGAGUGGCGGCACCCUUCAAUCGGCGAUCACUUCGCAGUUAGGCUGUCAAUCCAAAUGCGCCGAACUAGCCGGUUGCGUGGCAUAUGAAUGGGCGAAAAUCAACAAUGUUAACAACCAAUGUUUCACUUUUACCAUCUCCACUAUCCCAACUAAUUAUGUACCGGGGAUCGACCAUUAUAUUUGCACAGGUUGCACCUGGACACUCUACACCGACAAACAAAUGAGUGGCGGCACCCUUCAAUCGGCGAUCACUUCGCAGUUAGGCUGUCAAUCCAAAUGCGCCGAACUAGCCGGUUGCGUGGCAUAUGAAUGGGCGAAAAUCAACAAUGUUAACAACCAAUGUUUCACUUUUACCAUCUCCACUAUCCCAACUAAUUAUGUAUCGGGGAUCGACCAUUAUAUUUGCACAGGUUGCACCUGGACACUCUACACCGACAAACAAAUGAGUGGCGGCACCCUUCAAUCGGCGAUCACUUCGCAGUUAGGCUGUCAAUCCAAAUGCGCCGAACUAGCCGGUUGCGUGGCAUAUGAAUGGGCGAAAAUCAACAAUGUUAACAACCAAUGUUUCACUUUUACCAUCUCCACUAUCCCAACUAAUUAUGUAUCGGGGAUCGACCAUUAUAUUUGCACAGGUUGCACUUGGACUCUCUACACCGACAAACAAAUGAGUGGCGGCACCCUUCAAUCGGCGAUCACUUCGCAGUUAGGCUGUCAAUCCAAAUGCGCCGAACUAGCCGGUUGCGUGGCAUAUGAAUGGGCGAAAAUCAACAAUGUUAACAACCAAUGUUUCACUUUUACCAUCUCCACUAUCCCAACUAAUUAUGUAUCGGGGAUCGACCAUUAUAUUUGCACAGGCAGUGAUUGUACUUGGUUGGCCUAUCCAGGCUACCAGGCAUUCGGUGGUUACGGAGUGCCUAACAUCAACUCCCUUCAAGCAUGCCAGACCUACUGCAGAAACAACAGACCGUGCGUCGCUAUUGAAUGGACUGGAAGUGUCUCAGAUGUCAGAUGUUUCUUGUUUAACACUACUUCAUUGCCUACAACCACUGGCGUCAGUGGAGUCGACCAUUAUAUCUGUGCACCAAGAGACUGCUCCUGGACGGCCUACAAUAAUUCCCAAAGGUUCAACGGUGUCCAAGUACAAAACGCCGUGACUGUGGAUCAGUGCAAAGCUGCUUGUACCAGCACCCAAAAUUGCAAAGCCAUUGAUUUCAACCGAAAUUCGAACACGUGUUACUGGUUUACAACUUCUGACCCGCCAACUCAGAUGAAUGUUGCCGACAUUGACCAUUACAUCUACAAGUGUGGAGGGUCUAGUAAGUAG